CGUGUUGGACGUAUCUCAGGAUUGCCAUAGGUUGGUGUUUAAUAUUCAGCGGCCACCCAAGUGAUACGACGUUCAUCUAAUUAAUAUUCAUGAGUACGCCUUCGAUGUAUCAUAAGAGUUCGAGUCAUUAUCAGACCUAUCAGCGCUUCCCUAAGGGAUUCGCGAACGCUUGGUGAAUCGGUUGAACCGAAUCUUUGGAUUCGUAACUCCUGUUCCGCGUUGCAUCAGCGUGUUUCUGCUGUCUGCUCGUCAAUGGUGCGGUGUGCGUGGGUGAUCAACAAUAAAUCUACCAAAUCAUUAAAAUAGUAAAUCCGCAAUAACACAACGCACUCUAAAUAAUCACCUGACAUGAUUAUAAAUGCAUAAAAACACUAUUUAUAGAUUGCAGAUUUGGUUGAAAACACUUGUUAUGAUGUAUUAAAUUGUGAUCCAUAAAAGUGAAUGUUUUCGCACGCAAAAAUGAAAGUGUGUGCAUGAGCUGUCCUGUCAAAGAGCCACGUGAGGAUCAAGGACAGUUACAAAAGCACAAGUCUGCGCAGAUCAACAACACGAGCUACACCGCAGAUCCACUGAAGAUUAUACACGCUUAUAUACAACACAUCAACAGCAAUGAUGGAUCUAUAGGCAUGCGGAAUCAAGCAGCUGGACGAUGCAUUUCGCAGAUUUCCUUGCGGGAUCUUUUGGAGGAGCUUGUGGUGUGGCGGUCGGUUAUCCUCUGGAUACAGUGAAGGUCAGGAUCCAGACGCAGAAACAGUUCACUGGAAUCUGGCAGUGCAUCGUCCUUACCAUCAGAAAAGAAGGGGUUCAUGGCUUCUUCAAGGGCAUGUUUUUACCCAUCACCACUAUAUCCAUGACCUCCUCUGUGGUAUUUGGCACUUACCGUAACUGUCUGCAGGCUCUCUCUUACAUCCGCAAGGCAGAAAACACUAAGCUGGAUGUCUUUAUGUCCGGUCUGGCCGGUGGUGUGGCACAGGUGUCUGUAAUGUCACCUGGAGAUAUAGUGAAGGUGCGUCUUCAGUGCCAGACGGAGAGCAGACACAGCGUUAAUCCCAAAUACAGCGUUAAACCCAAAUACAGCGGGCCGAUUCACUGCCUGCUGAGCAUCUGCAGGGAACAGGGCCUCUCAGGGCUGUAUAGAGGAGCUUUACCUCUGGCUCUCAGAGACGGACCUUCAUUCGCCACUUACUUCCUCACAUACCACACAUUGUGUGCACGACUGACUCCAGACGGACAGAAAGAGCCUGAGUGGACGGUGGUGCUGCUGUCCGGUGGAGUUGCUGGGAUGUCCGGCUGGGCUGUGGGGACACCGAUGGAUGUGAUUAAAGCCCGUCUGCAGAUGGAUGGAGUGCGAGGACAGAGGAGAUACCGUGGGCUCCUGCACUGUCUGACUGUAACCACACGCACUGAAGGUCUAGGGGUUUUCUUCAGGAGUCUUGGCAUUAACUGCUUGCGGGCAUUUCCAGUCAACAUGGUGGUCUUCGCCGUGUAUGAAGUCAGUGUUCGAGUUCUCAGAUCUGCACCUCUGGUGUCCUGACGAUAAGAAAACUCACAAUGACCCAGAUAAAAAAAUUCAUUUUCUUUUCGGCUUAGUCCCUUUAUUAAUCUGAGGUUGCCACAGCGGAAUGAACCGCCAACUUAGUUAGCAUAUGUUUUACGCAGCAGAUGCCCUUCCAACUGCAACCCAUCACUUGGAAACAUUCAUACACACUCAUUCACACACAUACACUUUGGACAAUUUAGCUUACCCAAUUCCCCUUAACCACGUCUUUGGACUUGUGGGGGAAACUGGAGCACCGGGAGGAAACCCACGCCAACAAGGGGAGAACAUGCAAACUCCACACAGAAACACCAACUGACCCAGCCGAGGCUCAAACCAGUAACCUUCUCACUGUCACCCAGAUAAAAAUAAAUAAAUACUAGAGUAAAUACUGUAAUGUUUUUGAACCAUACUGAAGUAAAUUGUAUUACACAGUAUUUAUUAUAGUAUCUAUAACUCUCUGUUAAUAAAUGCUUAAGCGUAGUAAAGUGUAUUAACUAUGAUGAACUGAUAUGUUGUAAUAAAUGCUAUAGUAUAUUUCAAAUUUUACCACAGUAAACUGUGGUGUAUUGUAGUAUAAUAUACCCCUUAGUUGUAGACAACUAGAGUAUUUGGUCGUUUGUUUAUAUUACUAUAAUUGUGUUACCAUAGUAACCAUAAAAUUCCCACAACACAUCAAUGACUAUAGUGGUGUUACCAUAGCAACUGUAGAAUCCCACAGCAGAUCAAUUAUUAUAGUCGCACUGUCAUAACAACUGCAGAAUCACCACAACAGCUCAAUUACUAUAGUUGUGUUACCAUAGCAACUGCAGAAUCACCACAACAGCUCAAUUACUAUAGUCGUGUUACCAUAGCAACUGUAGAAUCACCACAACAGACAAAUUACUAUCGUUGUGUUACCAUAGCAAUCGUAGAAUCACCACAACAGAUCAAUUCCUAUAGUUGUGUUACCAUAGCAACUGUAGAAUCACCACAACAGAUCAAUUAUUAUAGUUGCGCAAUAAUAGUAACUGUAGAAUCACCACAACAGAUCAAUUAUUAAUUGCGCUACCAUAGCAACUGUAGAAUCACCACAACAGCUUAAUUACAAUAUUCAAGUUACCAUAGCUACCGUAAAAUCACCACAACAGAUUAAUUAUUAUAGUUACACUACCGUAGCAACUGUAGAAUCACCACAACAGAUCAAUUAUUAAUUGCGCUACCAUAGCAACUGUAGAAUCACCACAACAGCUCAAUUACAAUUGUCAAGUUACCAUAGCAACCGUAGAAUCACCACAACAGAUUAAUUAUUAUAGUUACACUACCGUAGCAACUGUAGAAUCACCACAACAGAUUAAUUAUCAUAAUUACACUACCCCAGCAACUGUAGAAUCACCACAACAGAUCAAUUAUUAAUUGCGCUACCGUAGCAACUGUAGAAUCACCACAACAGAUCAAUUAUUAAUUGCGCUACCAUAGCAACUGUAGAAUCACCACAACAGCUCAAUUACAAUUGUUAAGUUACCAUAGCAACCAUAGAAUCACUACAACAGAUUAAUUAUUAUAAUUACACUACCCCAGCAACUGUAGAAUUACCACAACAGAUUAAUUAUUAUAAUUACACUACCCCAGCAACUGUAGAAUUACCACAACAGAUUAAUUAUUAUAAUUACACUACCCCAGCAACUGUAGAAUUACCACAACAGAUCAAUUACAAUACUCAAGUUACCAUAGCAACCGUAGAAUCACCACAACAGAUUAAUUAUUAUAGUUACACUACCGUAGCAACUGUAGAAUCACCACAACAGAUCAAUUAUUAAUUGCGCUACCAUGGCAACUGUAGGAUCACCACAACAGAUCAAUUACAAUAGUCAAGUUACCAUAGCAACUGUAGAAUCACCACAACAGAUUAAUUAUUAUAGUUACACUACCGUAGCAACUGUAGAAUUACCACAACAGAUCAAUUACUAUAGUUGUUACCAUAGCAACUGUAGAAUUACCACAACAGAUCAAUUACUAUAGUUGUUACCAUAGCAAUCUGCAAUAUAUUAAUCCAAGUUUAUGUUAGUAUGGUUCAAAAACACCAGAAUUGAAUACAUCACUGUUUUUUCAUGUGGUCAACAAGCACUUUGUUAAUGAAUUAAUGAAAUGAAGUCAGUAAAUUAUGUGGUGACGCAUUCAGAUUAAUUUUUAAUGCUAAUGGAUAACAAAACAACACACACAGACAGACACACACACACGCACACACACUGUUUGUCCUGUAUACGUGUUAGUAAGAAUGGUCAGAUCUGCGUGUAAACAUUAAUGCAUAUAAAUGGUAAGAUACCGCUGAAAACGCACAAUGUAGGACUGUGGAAGUGUAUUUAUUAUGCAACAGCUGAUCUCCAGUCAGUCCUGUUAUAUUAGUUUUCUGUCUUAAACACUUUAAGCCAGUGGUUCUCAAACUUUUUUCACCAAGUACCACCUUAGAAAAAAGUUGUCUCUCCAAGUACCACCUUACGACGCUAUUUUUUAACCAGUAUUAAAAAAUAGCGACGUAGGCCUAAUUAAGCAGCUACAGGUGUGCACAUUGGUAAAAACGAUGCAGAUUAAUUUCUAUUAUUAAGAAUAUGUAUUAUUGUCAUUCACUUUAAACAUUUUAAAUAGUCUGAACAUUAACUGUGCUUGCAGGUAAAAAAAAAAAAAAAAAA